AUGGACGUAGAAAAAUCUGCAAAUUUUAUUUCACUGUCAAAUGAUGGCAAAAUUUCAUCUAAUGUAGCUCUUGAAGGUAAAGCUCGCAUAUAAUUUUUCUGCACUAUCGUUUCUACUUGUAGUAUUACAUUUAAACCAUAUUAUAAUAUUAGAAUAUAAAAUCGUUUCCACGAGCGUAGCUCAAAAAAAUCGCACGAUAUUUAUGCAUAUUUCUGAGGUGGUGCAAAGGUUGGACCUGCAAUCUGAGGCCUGUUUACACUUGAAAAUUUAGCCCAGUCGUUCGUCUUUUAUCCAAGCUGUUCCAAUUUUCGCCGCUCGUGUAAACGGGCCUUUGAAUAUCCCGUUGUGACCAAUAGCUGGAAUUCGAAGGCUGGUGUUCCCUUUUGCGAGUUAGGGGGUCUAUUUAACAAUUAUCCUUUGAAAUCGAGGUGAGUAGUGGGUGAUUAUUAUUUUCCAAGCCGCGUAAAUAUUCCUAAAGCCACUAUUCACCGAGAUUGAAAAUAAUUGUUUUAGUAUAUACACACGAAGUGAUCUCAACAAAAUUGGAAAGGAAACCAUCAAAAAGUACGAUUUGAUUGAGGGAUCAAAUCAUGCGAAAGUUAGAUCUUUGCAGCCGGGAGCUAAUUUUCAAACAUGGCAAUUCACAAGUUUAUCAUUUCGCAAACAACUGAAACAACAGCAUAAUGGCUUAAAUGAAACCGUUAAAAGUUUGAACUGUUUCCUUACCUGAGAGAAAAAGGAGAGCUUUAUUAUUUUCUGUUUAUACAAAAUAUCAUAAGUUUAAGAAAGAAUGGAAGUCCUAUCUUUUAAUCAAUCAAAUCUGAUCUUAUCCUUGCUUAUAUGUUCUAUCACUGAUAUUAUUUGAGAUUUUAUUUCUUCUCUUUGCUGCUGCCGAUUAUCUGAACAUGACGGUGUCCAACAAGAAAGCUCUUGCUACUUUGGACACUGUACACAAAUGAACUUAAUGUCUUCUAGCUUAAUGAUUAUUUAUACUUUGUUCUCCUACUUACGUACACUUGUGGAAAUGCCUUAUAUAGAGUGAAAUAAAGGGAGAAAGAAAGAAAGUAUAGUCAAAAAAGUUUGUUGUGUCGUUCUUCGCAUGAAGUGCUGACAUGGCGGCUCAGUCGCUCGAGGUACGGCGUCGGUUUCCUGUAGCAUUCUUUGUUCUAUUUACUUGAAACGUAGAAUUUCUGAAAAAAUUUGCUUUCAUUUUUGUUUGUCAUAAAUAAACUUCGAUUUCUGGGCCAAGUUUUUGUCGUUAGGAGAUGCUGAGUUCACGAAAAGGCCUCUUCUACGCGGAUAAACGGGAGUUGUAAACAAUCCAUCGAGCAAAAAUUCAGCUGUAGGAAAUGGAAAAACGCCGUUUUGAAUCCGUCGAAGUCUUUUCUUGCCUUAAAAAAAGUCAACCCUAGGAUUUUGUUGACUUUUAAUAGAUCGUUCUCUAAAAAAAUGGGAAAAACACCGGGCUCACACAUCAUCCACUAGCUAGGAGGUUAAUAUUGUUGAUUAUUAAAUACUGAAUCAUUGGGUAAUGCAAUUCUAGAGCUCUGAUUGGCUUAGCCAUCAUGGUAUAUGAGCCAUUAUACCAUGCUCUCUAAAUAUGGUAACCGUACCCGUCUGCUCAAAAUUAAAAACGAGCUGAAAAUCGCUUGUUUUUACAAAUAAAGUAGGUAAGAAUUCUCGAUAUUUUGUCGGCGUUUUUAAUAAAACCAUUAUUCCACUCGCGCUGGUUGGAUAUGAGAUGAUUAUAGCCAACUGAUAUCCAACGCACAUUCGUGGAACAAUUGUUAAAUGGCCCGAGAUAGCGAACCAAUCAGAUUGCCCUAAUCAGCAAGAUCACUGAGUGUGUAUAUAUACUAAAACCUUUUUAUCUUUUAAUAUUUGAAGUUUUGAUUUAUUUAAGUAAUUUGCACGAUUAUGAUAAUGAUGAUGAUGAUGUCUCGCUAAUUGAUCUUUUUUUUUUCUAUCGCCUUCUUUCAGAAGGUGAAAGCACUUCAGUUAAAUGUUUUGAUCCUGAUACCUCAACGGAGAGAUUCUCUUGGCAUGAUGACUAUCGAAAACGAAUUCUGGAAGAAAUCUUUGUCUUAUCGCCAUACUUGAAUUCUUGUGAGCAUAAAGAACUUGCAAGCAACCUGGGGAUGGAAAAAAAGACACUGCAGGUUUGCAAAAUUUAAUGAUAUGAUCACAGAUAAUUGUUACAAAAGUCCACAUAAAGGGAAUUAAAGAACGUGUUGUCUUGUCAGUGUAAUGAUCAGCGGUAUUUCCCUGGUCAUGCGUGUACAGUUAUAAGUGUGUGAGCUUCGGCCAUGUUGUUUAGUUCCUUACUAGAGAUUAACACUGUUUUGAAUCCUCAGCCAUCCUAGUUGUUCGUAAAGAUUAUUACAGUCAGCUUUCUGAGUGUGAACCGCGAGUAAUAGAAAAAAUGGUGAGUCUUUAAGGCAGGGGCACCAAAAGACUGUUUUCUGUAAAAUAUCUGCUGGAUGUAGCAACUAUUAGGAAGUUCCAACCUGUUCAAAGUUUAAAUUGCUGCCCAAUCAUGUAACUCUAUUUUUAAGCUCCCAGUAAAACCCAAUUUAUAAUUCAGAGAUGGCAUAAAUUAAUAGUGUAGAUUCUACGCCAUCGCUUAUGUCCGCUCUCAGUCUCCUCCGCAGUCUAAACACCUACUGGGAACUCCAUGCUAGGAGAGAGCCCUUCGAAGAGGGAAACGUCUUCCCCCGUCCUUGUUUUUCCUGGUUCCCCUGCCUCCCGAGGACACAAAGGAGAACUCUGCGGAGGAGAGAGUGAUCACCCGAAACUAGACUGCAAAGCAGUCACCAGCAACGGACUAAGCGAUCAAAUAGCUCAAACUUGGACAACUAUUUGAUUUGCAUAUCUUCGAUUCAGUACCGCACUUAAAAAAGGGGGUGAGUUCUUAUGAGGUGAGGAACCACCGACAAAAAUCGAUCGAUUGACACAGUUUUUCAAAACUGUUACUUACACAGACCACUUUUUGAUUUCCUCACUUUUAGAAAUGGUUCAAAAACAAGCGCUAUCGCUUAAGGAAGAAACAAGCCACUCAAGCUUGCUGCCCGCAUGUAAAUGACCCAGUUCAGAGCAGCAGUGCGGCAGCGUCCUCAUCUAGUCUUUUCCAUCAGGAGGAGUAUUUGAGCUGCCACACUAGCAGUGAAUAA